GAGCCCCACCUCACCAGUUCUUCGUCGCUAGACAGGCGUGAGAUUUCCCCUAGACGCAACAAUGCGCGAAUGUAUCUCGGUGCACGUGGGCCAGGCCGGUUGCCAGAUGGGCAACGCCUGCUGGGAGCUCUACUGCCUCGAGCACGGCAUCCAGCCCGACGGCCAGAUGCCCUCCGACAAGACCAUCGGAGGCGGCGACGACAGCUUCAACACCUUCUUCGCGGAGACCGGCUCCGGCAAGCACGUGCCGCGAGCGGUGUUCGUCGACCUAGAGCCUUCCGUCAUCGAUGAGGUCCGUACGGGCACCUAUCGGCAGCUGUUCCAUCCGGAGCAGCUCAUCACUGGCAAGGAGGACGCGGCCAACAACUACGCGCGUGGCCACUACACCAUCGGCAAGGAGAUCGUGGACAUCGUGCUCGAGAGGAUCAGGAAGCUGGCAGACCAGUGCACAGGCCUGCAGGGUUUCCUGAUCUUCCACUCGUUCGGCGGCGGCACCGGCUCCGGCUUCACCUCGCUGCUGAUGGAGCGUCUCAGCGUCGACUACGGCAAGAAGUCAAAGCUGGAGUUUGCCAUUUACCCGGCGCCUCAAAUCGCCACGGCCGUGGUAGAGCCGUACAACUCCAUCUUGACCACCCACACCACCUUGGAGCACUCGGACUGCGCCUUUAUGGUUGACAACGAGGCCAUCUACGACAUCUGCCGCCGCAACCUCGACAUCGAGCGUCCGUCAUACACCAACCUGAACCGACUUAUCGGCCAGAUCGUCUCCUCCAUCACGGCCUCGCUGCGCUUCGACGGCGCCCUGAACGUAGACCUGACCGAGUUCCAGACCAACUUGGUGCCCUACCCCCGUAUCCACUUCCCUCUUGCCACAUAUGCUCCGGUCAUCUCGGCGGAGAAGGCCUACCACGAGCAGCUCUCGGUCGGCGAGAUCACCAACGCUUGUUUCGACCCCGCCAACCAGAUGGUCAAGUGUGACCCACGCCACGGCAAAUACAUGGCGUGCUGCAUGCUGUAUCGUGGAGACGUCGUCCCCAAGGAUGUUAACGCGGCCAUCGCAGCCAUCAAAACCAAGAGGGCCAUCCAGUUCGUCGACUGGUGCCCGACCGGCUUCAAGGUGGGCAUCAACUACCAGCCGCCGACCGUGGUGCCCGGAGGCGACCUGGCCAAGGUGCAGCGCGCCGUCUGCAUGCUGUCCAACACCACCGCCAUCGCCGAGGCCUGGGCGCGCCUGGACCACAAGUUCGACCUGAUGUACGCCAAACGCGCCUUCGUGCACUGGUACGUCGGCGAGGGCAUGGAGGAGGGCGAGUUCUCCGAGGCUCGCGAGGAUCUGGCCGCGUUGGAGAAGGAUUACGAGGAGGUCGGAGUUGACUCGGUCGAAGCCGAGGGCGAUGAAGAGGAGUACUAGGUCAGCCUUCGCCGCAGAAAGCGUAGACCGCGGCUUUUCAUUAAUUAAGCUGUCAGAGGUGCAGCUCGUAGACCCUUUUUGAAAGCUGAGCUUCACGCUGACAAUCUAUGUUGUUUUAAGCGUUGUUCGCUGGUGGAUCUGUUUGCUAUGCGAUGGUUUUAUAUCCGAAACUUUGUCGGGCACAAAUGUAUGAAAUGAAUCGAACCGUUUAUCAAAUUAGGACAAUGACCAUACGCUUCGAAUUGAUCCAUUGAUUGGAACUUAAUUAAAGGAAGUAUGAAUCAUGUUGUAGUUGUAGGGGGUUAAUUAUAUGUACCUAAAAAUACACAUUAAGUUCGUGCAGGUGGCCCACAUAGCAGAUGGCCCAUCAACCGGUGCUCAGCAGCAUAAAUACUGAUGAAGCUAAGCAUGUGAUACAAGGAUCAUUCCCCAAAGCACUUUUAUGCUAUUCGAAUAAACAGUUACCGAUUUGGA